AAACCAGCAUUGGGGCAGCAGAUGACCCGGCGCAGCAGCGAGGAGCACAGCAGUCCUCUCCCUGACAAAUGAAAGGAUGGGGGGCAUCAGCCGCAGCUGAGUUCACCAACCCUGGAUCAGGGAGUGUGCGGAGACAGCAGCUUUCUGCUCACUCUUGGGUGACUUUUUGCUGGAUUUCUUCCCCUCUCCACUCCGCAGCAACAUGCCAUUUGCCAAAAGAGUCGUGGAGCCCCAUUUACUGUGCAGGUAUCAAAGCCCAAGCGAGGAGGAGGCUCUGCUUUUCGAGGAUCUGGUGUCCAUCAGUAAUGUGGCUCUGUCCCGGACCCUGCGGCAGCUGUCGGACUUGGCCAAACAUGCCUGCUCCAUCUUCCAGGAGCUGGAAAACGACCUGGCGACCACCAACCAGCGGGUCAGGGGGCUGCAGGGGAAAAUUACCCAACUCCAGCAGUGCUGCUCCGAGCUGGACCCUAAACAGGAGGCAGUGCCGGUGUCCAACCUGGAUGUGGAGAGUAAGCUGACGGCACAUUUCCGAGCUCCGUGGCGUCUCCAGAGGAAUGUUUUGCUCCCCUCCACACGGCCAGCAUGCGUAGAGGAGCUGCACAGGCAGGCCAACCACAGCCUGUGGUCGCUGAACCAAGAUCACCCGAGGAGGGAGCACAGAGGAAACAUCUCAGCGCUGCCCCCGAUGCCCAUGUACCCCUCCCCUCUCAUCGAGCCAAAACAAGACCAUCGGGGCAAAGGUGUAACUACGUUCGACAAAACCCGCUCCUCUUCCCCCACCGAAUGUUGCCGCCUCUCUCCCUGGAGCAGAAAGGCUGCGCCUACUGACCCCGACACUGACGGGGUGGCUCUAGGUCACCGGUCAAAGUUUCCCAUCCCUAACACCCCCUCCACCCUGGACAAGCAGACUAACUGGUCUAAAGCUCUGCCGCUGCCCACCCCAGAGGAGAGAAUGAAAUGCAGCACCCAAGUCAUCGCCUCAAGCAUCAUUCCUAUUAAUGUGACCGGGGUUGGCUUUGACAGAGAUGCUAGUGUGCGCUGCUCACUCGUUCACUCCCAGUCUUUGCUUCAGAGGAGACGGAAGCUGAGGAGACGGAGGACAGUCGCCGGUGUUCCCAGACAGGUGCAGGAUUUUGACUCUGAUGACUCCCCUGGCUCCAGGGAGCGUACAGUUAUUGUUCACACCACUGCUGAUAUAACUCCUUCUACUGCACAGCUGUCCAGUCAUCUGACCACCAGAGAUUCAGGUUGCCAGACUGAAGACUUCCUUUCCUCGGGAGCGCCGUCUCGAAGGAGGAUCAGGGUCCAAAGAGGUCAGGGAGCAUCACUCCUGCUGUCCUACUCAGCAGGCAACAUCUCCUGCCUGCCUGACAGCCCUGAAGCCAUGUUUUCUGGCUCCGUGGGAGACCGACUGCGGUCGCGGAGUCUGCCCAGAGAAAGCAGCAGGAUGAGGAUGAUGAUGAUGGACAAUGAGCAUAAUGACAGCGAUGAGGAAGAGGAGCUGGCCCCGUUUAACUCCGAGGCGUUCCUUCCUGGACACGGUGAGAUGGUUCUAAAGGAGGAGGAAGAGGGCACGGAUGACCAGGCUGUGUCCCAGCGUCAGCUGGGAGGAUUGAAGUACACGCAGCUGUCGGACAGUCCGGAGUGCAGCUGGAUGGAGCGCGCCAGAGCUCAGCUGCCCAGGAAAGCUGACAUGGGCAGCUGUGAGAUCUCAUCCAGCUCGGACACCUUCAGCAGCCCUGUUCACUGCGUCUCAGCUGCAGGCGUUCUGGGAAGCCAGAUGGACCAUAAGGACGACCACCAAUCGUCCAGUGGGAACUGGAGCGGGAGCAGCUCCACCUGCCCCUCCCAGACCUCAGAAACAAUCCCCCCUGCUGCCUCCCCUCCCCUGACUGGCUCCUCGCACUGUGACUCUGAAUUGUCCCUUAAUGCUGCCCCUCAUGCUGCAGAAGACCAGACCAGCUUCAUGCUGGACAGCUACCAGGGCCUCAGAACCCAUCGAGCAGGCUCGUUCUCCUCAGCAGCUAUGGAUAUAUUAGAGGAGGUAGGCGUGAGUACACCAGUGGAAGAGGAGUGGGAUUACCAGAAUGCAGAACCCUCUCGCUCUCAGGAUUUUAGCCCUGAACCAGGCAGGGAGGCGGAUAGCAGCCUGGGCUGCCCCAGCUUCACCAGCAUGGCCACCUGCGAGAGCAGCUUCUCUGACAAACCUCCAUCAGAGAAAUUAGAUACCGUCUCUUACUACUCUGUGGACACUGAGGGCUACUACACCUCCAUGCACUUUGACUGCGGUCUAAAAGGCAGCAAAAGCUUCACCUACAGCUGUGCUCCCACCGGUUCAGACUGCGCUCUGUCUGAUAUAAGCGGUAACCUGACGUUGGGGAGACGCUGCCUCUCCUUAAGAAAAGCAAAGGUGAAGCCCUCCCCGCCAAAGAGGAGCUCCUCCUUGAGGAAAAUAUGCAGCGACGGAAACAUCCCUGACAAGAGAGAACCAAAGAGUACAUACAGGCAGCCGCUGUCUCUGUCCACCAAGGAGAGGAAAAUCCAGCUGCCUCUGUCUUCAUCACAAGGCCACAUGGGAAACUCUUUGCUGGUGCGAGAGCCCCUCCAGGUCUGGGGGAUGGAGGGCACAUCCGAUCUGACUGAUUUAGGCCUUUUAAGCUCCAAAGAUGCACGUUCAUUUAAAGACAAUGGAACUGUGCAGUCAGACUAUGCAGAUCUCUGGCUGCUGAAUGAUUUAAAGUCCAGUGACCCGUACCGAUCUCUAUCAAACUCCAGCACAGCCACAGGUACGACUGUAAUCGAGUGCAUAAAGUCCCAGGAAAGCUCAGAGUCUCAGACUUCCCGUUCUGGCUCCAGAGCCACCACCCCCUCACUUCCAUCAGUAGAAGGUGAUUACAAGUUGACUUCCCCAGAGAAGCUGGCUGGACUAGCGAGCCCCUCCAGUGGCUACUCCAGUCAGUCUGAAACCCCCACAUCCUCCUUUCCCUCCACUUUCUUCCCUGGACCGCUGUCACCAGCCAAUGUGAAGAGAAAGCCCAAAGUCCCAGAGAGGAAGUCCUCACUUUCGUCUCUUUCCUGCAAGGACGUUGCAACCUCAAAGAAAGAGCUAGAGCUGCCGAUGACUCCUCCUUCUCACCUCGACUUGAGUAGCCUUCACUGUCCGAGCAACAAGGACCCAACUUACAGGAACCACUUACAGAACCAUCACCGAAUCAAACAAAAGGAUGUGCUUACGACCAAACCCGGUAUCUCGGCAAACUUAGAGCCCUGCCCUGCACCAUCUCUGUCUAUAACGCCCUCAGUGCUUCAAAAAGUUCAGCUUCGACCCGUCAGCAAGCAGCCAGAAGACCUGCAGAGUCCCUCUAUGAACUUAGCCAGCAAUAAAUCUUUAGAUCUCAAAAGUUCCUCACUGCACAAUUCCCAACAUGAUGAUAUUUCUUCAAGUGAGUCAAUGCAUGUCUCAAAUGACAAGCUCUCAGGGGAAGCAAGUGACGAGGGCAGAGAGGUAAUCUCAGGAAGCGCGGCAGCUGUCGGACUGUUAGAAACAUGUUUAGACCAGAAAGAUUGCAUCACCCCCAACACGCUAACUGUCCAUGAAACAGAGCGGCGCUCCGACUCUCCAUCAACAUCUGUCUGCUCCGGAGAAUCCAUCCCACAUGUAGAAGGUUCAGGCCAGCAGCAGCAGACCGACCCGCCUGAAGCGGAAAUAUGCCCUUACCCUCCAGUGUUACACAGCUCCCCCAAAUGGUCCAAGGGUCCCGAUAAAGUGCCUUCUACUCCCAGUCCUCUGGAAACGUCCCAGGAGAGCUCCAUCAGCACCGAAGGCAGCAACCAAGCGGAAAAUGAUUCAGCCGAAAGUGCCUCACAGGACAGUAAAGAGGAAUCCACAGAGGAGGCGGAGGAUUGUUUUAUUAUCAACUCCACAGCGAGUGACAACUCAGUGUCUUCACAACAUGACGAGUCAAAGAAAGAGGAUGAUAGUGUGUUUCUGUCCCCUAGCAAGUCCCGCACCACCGAGGAUCUGUUUGCUAUGAUUCACAGGUCCAAAAGGAAAGUGUUGGGGAGGAAGGACUCCACCGAGCUGGCUGGGAGGCCCCGCCUCUGCGCCUCGUCGGGGAACACGCCGCCCAGCAGCAGUGUCAGCUCCCCGGUCUCUGUGGCUUCGCCCUCCCCAGCUUCAACCCCACCCGCCUCACACAGAGUCUCAGGGCCAAUCUACAGGAAUUUAAAGAAGUCCAGCACCUCCAACGAGGAGUUUAAACUGCUGCUGCUGAAAAAGGGGAGCCGCUCAGACUCCACUUACCGCAUGUCAGCUGCUGAGAUCCUGAAGAGCCCCAUCACUCCGAAAUCACCUGGAGAUUUUCUGACCGAGUCUCCCAAACCGUCAGAAGAGCCUCUCUCUCCCCUGCAGCAGCUCCUGUUAGAACACGAUCAGCUGUCCAGCCCAUACCCCAAAGCCAACGCUGAGAGCUUCUCACCAAGACCCUUCCUCACAUCCGCCUCUUCCAGGCAGGGGCGCUCGAGAAUCCCCCCGCCCGCCAGCAGCAGCCGUUACAGCGUGCGCAGCAGGCUGUACUCAUCGCCCAUGCAGGCCAUAUCUGAGGGUGAGACGGAGAACUCUGAUGGAAGCCCUCACGAGGACGGCUCCACGUAGGAGGCGGAGCUUAGGAAGAAGAAACGGAAACGUUUACAUUGAGGACUAAUGGACUAUAAUGAAAUCUAAUAUAUAACUGUACCAAAUAUGCAGAAGAAUAGGUUGGGCCAUUUUUAUAAAAACUUAAUCAGAUUUCUAGCAAUUUUUGGGUCAGUUUUUAAAUACUUUCCUGUUUACAAUUCUGUCCACAAACUGUACCGGUUUUAUACAAAAUAGAAUCCCUACUGCUAUGAAAUGCAUUUAUUUAAAAAAAGAAAUCCCAUCUGAACCCAAAAUAUCCAUUCUAAAAUAUCCAAACUAAUUCUUUAGAGCAGAGAUGCACCAAUUCCCAGUUUUUGCAUAUUGAUAAUGAUUUUGUUUGACUGCAAUUUUCUAUUAAAAAGCUUCAAGUUUGAAGAAAGUUAGCAUGCUUAGCGCAGCUAGCAUCAAUAACACACCUCUAUCCAUCUAGAGCAGAG